UGCCAGCUACUCUGUUUAUUCAUUUCUUUGCAUGUCGGCCACUGAACUCCAACAUCAAACAUCCAUGUGGGCAUUUCUGAUGUGACGGUAAGGGUUGGAACAAAAAGGGAGAGGGAAGACAUGCAAUUUUAAUGACCAGUUCAUGUUGCUUUUUUUUCUCCCUCUUUUCAUUUCUCUCACACAAAAACGUGGUAAAACCAACCUGACAUUGUUUCCAUGCCGACACAACAUAUGACAUUCAACGCAUGACCAAGCUACUUAAGAUAAAUACUGUAUUAUGUCACCUAAUGUGUGUUGUGCACCUAUUUCAUGCAUUUUUUCCCCCCUCUCUCCAUCUGUUCCCAGGAAGGAGGUGCCACAGUCAGAGUCGGGGAAGACGUGAGAGCAUUUGGAGACAUUCCGUGUCUUUGGCGCCCUUUUCCCUUUGUACCUCACUUAUGCAAUGUGCAGCAACAACUCAUGUACAAGAUGCGUCUCACACAGAAGGAAAAGACGCGGAGCGGCUUGAGUAGAAGGAUGCUUGACAGACAGAAAGGAGAGAGCUCUGCAGCAGGAUCCCCACAGCGCUGCUGAACAUAAAACUGCGUGACUGGUCUCCGCAAGCAGAAGGGAGGAGAGAGGAGAGAAGGGAGGAAGGCAGAGAAGAAAGCAGGGGGAGGGGAGGCAGCUCAGUUCAGUGCGGUGCUGUAGCUGAGUGGAUGAGGCAGCAGCAUCAGCACCACUAGCUGUAGCAUCGUCUCCUUUUGUGGAGGCUGGGGCGGGGGGUUGGGGGAGCUGUCUUGUAGCUGCUGCAGGACCAACAUUAUCUGCAUACACAGAAACAUAUCCGGUCACCUCGUCACACGCACCCAUGCCGUGGCGGCCAGAGACGAGGAGGUGGUGGUAAGUGACGGGGUAAGCUCGGGGGACAGGAGGAAAGAGGGACGGCUGGAGGGAUCCCAAACGUGAGGAGGGCUGGAGCGACGGUGACUGGAGCAGAAGCAGCAGCAGCAGUAGCAGCAGCGGCACCAUGGCGCAAGCUGCCAAGCAGCUCCGCAAGACCAAGGACCUCGCAGAGGCCGCCGCCCAGGAGCAGCGGGAGAAGGAGGAGGAGAAGAUCAAAAAGAGGAAUCGAUCCAGAGACCGCAGACGCAAGGCGGAUGCAACCACCAGCUUCCUGCGUGCGGCUCGAUCAGGGAACCUGGACAAGGCCCUGGAUCACAUUAAGAACGGGAUAGACAUCAACAUCGCUAAUCAAAAUGGUCUUAAUGGGUUACACCUGGCCUCUAAAGAGGGCCAUGUCAAAAUGGUUUUGGAGCUGCUGCACGCUGGCAUUGAACUGGAAGCAACCACCAAGAAAGGGAACACGGCUCUCCAUAUCGCAGCUCUGGCAGGGCAGGAGAAAGUGGUGGCUGAGCUCAUCAACUACGGUGCCAACGUUAAUGCUCAGUCACAUAAAGGCUUCAGUCCGCUCUACAUGGCUGCACAGGAGAAUCAUUUAGAGGUGGUCAAGUUUCUGCUUGAGAACGGUGCAAAUCAGAGUCUCCCAACUGAGGAUGGCUUCACGCCCCUCGCGGUGGCCCUCCAGCAGGGCCAUGAAAACGUCGUGGCGCUGCUCAUCAACUACGGCACGAAGGGGAAGGUCCGCCUUCCAGCGCUCCACAUAGCUGCCCGAAACGACGACACUCGCACUGCCGCUGUCCUCCUGCAAAACGACCCCAACCCCGAUGUACUUAGCAAGACUGGUUUCACCCCGCUACAUAUCGCCGCUCACUAUGAAAACAUGAGUGUAGCGCAGCUGCUGCUGAACAGAGGAGCAAAUGUAAACUUCACCCCCAAGAAUGGAAUCACACCUCUUCAUAUAGCCUCCAGGAGGGGCAACAUGAUGAUGGUCAGAUUACUGCUGGACAGAGGAGCUCAGAUCGAUGCCAAAACAAAGGACGAGCUGACUCCUCUUCAUUGUGCAGCCCGGAACGGUCAUGUUCGCGUUAUUGAAAUCCUCCUGGAACACGGUGCUCCCAUCCAGGCUAAAACUAAGAACGGUUUGUCCCCAAUUCACAUGGCAGCUCAGGGGGAUCACAUGGACUGCGUCAGGCAGCUACUGCAAUACAAUGCUGAGAUUGACGACAUCACACUGGACCAUCUGACCCCGCUUCAUGUAGCAGCCCACUGCGGUCACCAUCGCAUGGCCAAAGUCCUUCUGGACAAGGGAGCCAAAGCUAAUGCUCGUGCUCUGAAUGGCUUCACACCUCUUCAUAUUGCUUGCAAGAAGAACCACAUGAGGUCAAUGGACCUGCUGCUAAAGCACUCUGCUUCCUUGGAAGCUGUCACGGAGUCGGGUCUCACUCCUCUUCAUGUAGCAGCAUUCAUGGGCCAUCUAAACAUAGUAAAGAACCUGCUCCAAAGAGGGGCUUCACCUAAUGCUUCCAAUGUGAAAGUGGAGACCCCCCUCCAUAUGGCAUCCAGAGCAGGACACUGUGAAGUGGCUCAGUUCCUGCUACAGAAUGCAGCGCAAGUGGAUGCAAAAGCAAAGGAUGACCAGACACCCCUACACUGUGCGGCUCGUAUGGGCCACAAGGAAUUGGUCAAGCUGCUCCUAGAGCACAAGGCUAACCCUGACUCAGCGACGACUGCAGGUCACACGCCCUUACACAUCGCUGCACGUGAAGGACACGUCCACACCAUACGGAUAUUAUUAGACGCAGGAGCCCAACAAGUGAAGAUGACAAAGAAAGGUUUCACUCCUCUCCAUGUAGCUUCUAAAUAUGGAAAAGUGGAUGUAGCGGAGCUUCUUCUGGACAGAGGCGCCAAUCCAAAUGCAGCAGGGAAAAACGGUUACACUCCUCUGCACAUAGCUGCCAAGCAGAACCAGGUGGAGGUGGCCAGUGUUCUGCUUCAGAACGGAGCGUCCCCAAAUGCAGAGUCCCUCCAAGGCAUCACGCCCUUGCACCUGGCUUCACAGGAGGGGCGGCCCGACAUGGUGGCUCUGCUCAUCUCCAAACAGGCAAAUGUAAACCUCGGAAACAAGAAUGGACUGACUCCUCUGCAUCUCGUAGCUCAGGAGGGUCACGUGGGCAUCGCAGACACUUUGGUCAAACAGGGCGCAUCUGUUUAUGCUACUUCACGGAUGGGCUAUACCCCCCUCCAUGUGGCCUGUCACUAUGGAAACAUAAAGAUGGUGAAGUUUCUUCUGCAGCAGCAGGCUCAUGUGAAUGCCAAAACAAGGAUGGGCUACACCCCUCUGCAUCAAGCAGCUCAACAGGGCCACACUGACAUUGUGACUUUACUAUUAAAACAUGGAGCCAUGCCUAAUGAGAUCACAUCGAAUGGGACAUCUCCUCUUGGCAUCGCUAAGCGAUUGGGUUACAUUUCUGUCAUCGAUGUGCUAAAGCUGGUUACAGAGGAGUCUGUUUCCACUAUGACCACAGAGAAGCAUCGGAUGAGCUUUCCUGAGACGGUAGAUGAGAUUUUGGAUGUUUCUGAAGAUGAAGGAGUUUGCCAGCUAACUUUAGGAGAUGAAUUGCUCGGGCUGGAUGGUGCACGCUAUUUGAAACUUGAUGACUUCAAAGACCAGGAUGACGACUUUCUCUCCCCAAAGAAAACCCUGAGAGAUUUUGAGGGUGGGACGGGAACCACGCCAUACUCCCCUGCUAUUCCCAGGAUUCCUUGUGUGUCCCCAGAGACAGUACAGCUCGACCAGCACACGCCCAUCCCUUUACCAAAAGAGUAUGAUGAGGAUUCUCUUAUCCCGAGUAGUCCAGCUACAGAGACCUCAGACAACGUCAGCCCUGUGGCCAGCCCCAUUCACACAGGGUUCCUGGUGAGUUUCAUGGUGGAUGCACGUGGAGGCUCCAUGCGAGGAAGCAGACACCACGGCUUGCGGGUGAUCAUCCCUCCCCGCACCUGCGCCGCACCGACUCGCAUCACCUGCCGUCUUGUGAAACCCCAGAAACUGACGACGCCUCCUCCACUGGUGGAGGGAGAGGGCCUGGCUAGUCGCAUCAUCUCCCUGGGGCCCUCCAGCAUGCAGUUUCUGGGACCUGUCAUAGUGGAAAUCCCCCACUUUGCCUCAUUGGCCCGUGGGGACCGGGAGCUUGUGGUCCUCCGAAGUGAAAACGGCUCCGUUUGGAAGGAGCAUCGCAAUCGCUAUGGAGACGAAGUGCUGGAAACCAUUUUGAAUGGCAUGGAUGAAGACUUGGAGAGCCAAGAGGAGCUGGAGAAGAAGAGGAUACGUCGAAUCAUCUCCACCGACUUUCCCCUCUACUUUGCUGUAGUCUCUCGCAUUCAGCAGGAAAGUGAUCUCAUCGGCCCCGAAGGUGGCCGGCUCACCAGCAAGCUGGUGCCCCACGUGGAAGCCAUCUUCCCUGAGACGGCCGUCACCAAGAGAGUGAGGCUGGGACUGCAGGCACAACCAAUCCCUGAUGAACUGCUAACUAGGCAGCUGGGAAACCAGGCAACCUUCAGCCCGGUGGUUACAAUCGAACCCCGGCGGCGCAAGUUCCACCGUCCGAUUGGUCUGCGCAUUCCUUUACCUCCAUCCUGGAGGGAAAGUUCACGUGAUGCAGGGGAGGGAGACACCACCAGCUUGCGCCUUCUCUGCAGUGUCAUAGGUGGAACAGCUCCAGCUCAGUGGGAGGACAUUACUGGAACCACCAAGCUGAUGUACGCGAGUAGCUGUGCCAGUUUCACCACCAACGUGUCUGCAAGAUUCUGGCUGGCAGACUGUCCACGUACAGCUGAGGCAGUGACCUUUGCCAACUUGCUGUACAAGGAGCUCAUGGCAGUCCCUUAUAUGGCCAAAUUUGUCAUUUUUGCGAAGAUGAACGAAGCUCGGGAAGGUCGAUUGCGUUGCUACUGCAUGACAGAUGACAAGAUGGACAAAACUCUGGAACUGCACGAAAACUUCUCAGAGGUGGCCCGAAGUCGAGACAUCGAGCUUAUGGAGGGCAUGCCGCUGCACCUGGAGUGUUCUGGGAAUUUAGUGCCCAUCCGGAAGGCCACUCAGCAGCCUCGCAGCUUCAGCUUCCAGGCCUUCAGAGACAACAGGCUGCCUGUUUCUGUCAAGGUGAGGGAUAGUAACAAGGAAGCCACUGGGUUUCUGUCUUUUCUGAGGAAAUGCACAAAGUACGAGGAUUCGCAACACGUCUUGUGUAACCUUAAUAUAACUAUGCCACCUUGUGUCAAGGUUGCUGGGAGCGAGGAACGCAGGCGAACUUUGACCCCUCUGGCCCUGAGAGAGCGCUACAGUGCACUGAACGAGCCUGGUGUGGCUUCAGUGAAUGCCAUGGAGAGAACCGAGAUCAAAAUCAACAUCAUAUCUGAUCAGCUGGGCUUAAGCUGGGCAGAGUUGGCGCGAGAGCUUCAGUUUAGCGUUGACGACAUCAACAGGAUCCGUGUAGAAAAUCCAAACUCCCUUUUGGACCAGAGCUCCGCCCUGCUCAACCUGUGGCUCAGCAGAGAGGGCAAAAGGGCCAAAAUGGAGAGCUUGUACACUGCUUUGAAGAACAUUGACCGUGCAGAUAUCGUGUCUUCACUUGAGGGUCAGGCCCCACAACAGGGGCCCGGGUUGUCAGAAGAGGGGGCCUGUCGUCUGGCGGACAGAGACUCUACAUUGUUGUCCCCCAGUGUCAUUAAUGAGAUCACGGACACAAGGCCUUCACGCAUAGUGCACAAGCCAAGAGUUAUUAGACCCCCGUUUUUCAGAAGGGGUUAUGGGCUGGUGCAGGAGGAGCUUGUGUCCCCGGCCUCCAUGCAGUACAGCUUGCCCUCUCCGUUGGGUGUGGAGCCAUACUGGCAGGAGGUUUCCAGCCUGGAGUGUGCGCCCAUUGCCACCACGGAGGAAGACACACUAAUGGAGAUGUCGGAUGUUCAGGUGUGGCCAGCAGGGGUUAGCCCCUCGCUGGUCACAGUUGAGGACUCAUCGCUAGAUGGUAGCAGUCGAGCAGAUGACUCUGAGGGCGCGACGCUUUCCUUGCCCUGCAGCUUGGGCCGUCCAAGCAGCGGAGCCAGUGGGGCCAGCGGUUCCAUCAUGGAGCUGGAGGAAGAGGAGGAGGAGGAGGAGGGGGGGGAAGUAGAAGAGGAGGAAGUGCCACAAGAGCCAGCGAGUGCACUGGCAGAACGGGACAGGGUGAGGGCCACUGGCGCUGUUCCCAAGGUCAAUCUGAACGGGCAACCGGGAGGUCAGAGGUCAGACGCAAGGAGAGGGGACGGUGUGGUGGUGGUGGGAGGAGGAACUAAAGGAGGAGUUGGUGGUGUGGGGCUGGGCUCAGUGGAAGGGAUUUCUCUUGUUGCAGGCCAGCAGGUGUAUGCCCAGCUUGGUGAGAUGACUGGGCUCAGGCCACCAGAACACAACGGGGACAACCGGAUGGUGGGAGGUGGAGCAUUUCAGCCAUACUUACCAGACAAGGACUCCCUGCAGGGCUGGGUGGGCUCGGCGUCAUCCGGACAUGGCGGAAGUGUGCCAGGCUUGCACACAGCCCAGGAAGCCUUACUGACUCCGGAGACGGGCCAGCAAGCUUGGGAGCAGGAGCAGAGGCGAGGCCAGAAAGAAGAGAAGGCGGACUAUUCUGCCGAGGCAAAAUUUGUUGAGGAACGCGGAAUUGUGCUCUCUAGAAAAGUGGGGAUGGAUGUAAGAAAGGGUGCUCAGUCAUUGCAGCGCACCAGUCUCCGGAGAGUUAAACACUGAAAUACACAUACUGCCCGGUCCUCCAGGACCGGAAACCCACUGCCAAAACACCCACCACAAAAACACGACCAGAACGAAGAUGGAAAUGAAGAGUUAGAAGAUGUGGGGAGGAAGUGGAGAAAACAUACCAGGACAACCAGAAACAUCCUCAACCUGUGAUCAUGAAGCACCACAAAACAAAAGAAGACGAGAACAAAAAGAGGAGUCGAACUUGUAGUUUUAUAACAUUUGUAAAGAAAAAUAUAACUAAACAGAGGCAUGGUAAUUCAUUUUUAUACAAAAAAAAACAAAAAAAAAAACUAUAAAUGUUCGUAAAACAACUAAGGAAAAAAAAAAAGCAACAAAGUGCUUCCUGUGAACUGUAAUCGCAUGAUAACUGCUGGUGCAUGCCCUUUGACCUUUUGAACUGUCAUUAUCUACAAACUGAAGGAGUAAAAAAACUGAAGGUACAGGGGCCGGCCCGUGCAUGGGUCAUAGGCCUUUUUAAAGGACCUCAUGCCCACUAACUGGAGCCGUUUGUCAGCGAGUUGAGUCCGUUAACACUGCAGCCAAAAAAAAAAAAACGACAAAAAAAAAAAAAAAAAAAAACCCCCCCAAAGGACGGCUGUAUAUGCAGCAAUGCCUCUGCUGAGCCAAUGCUUCUGUCAUCGGACCCUUUCUCCUCUUAUUCUUAAUGUGAUAUAUGCACUCUAUGCUCUGUGGACAUGUGUGUGUGUGUGUGUGUGCGCGUUUAAAUUGCUCUGCCGCAUGUGUUAAAUUGCUUUGAGCUCUGCGUGGAGCCUCGCCCGCCCCCUCCCCUGAUUGGCUUGUUGUCUCUGUGACAUCACGGCGUGCUCGACCUCUGCCAAGGGAAAGCCGCCGGCUCUUCCCCGCUUGUGAGUUCUCGUCUGCGUGUAUCUAUGUUUUUAUUUAGAUUUAUCCUUAGACGAGCUCGCUUCCUCUUCGGUAUCUGUCCGCUUCUGUUCUCCACUUUGUUUGACUUUGGUAGAAAACUGGAUCUCUUUAAUUCCCUCGUGUCUUCAGGGGUCUAAAGACAUCGGAAUGUUUUCCUUGGAAAACAUUCCGAUGCACAGCAGCUCUACGAUAAAUAUCUUGACUUUUUCCUUCCUUACGAGCUUUUUCUGGUUUUUCUUGGUAGCAUAUCUCAUUUUGAGCCAUCUUUUAUUGGUAGCCCUUGUUUAUAUGCAGUAAAAAUCGCAGGUCUCCUCUAUCCAUUUUACUUCUAUGCUCCAUCCUUUUUUUUUUAUGUUUGUGUCAGCUGUGGCAUCUUGCUGUCAAAUUUUUAUUUAUCCAUUCAAUACAAAAGACAUAGAAGAAAUACUGAAGAAGUUGACUUUUAAGACAUUGCUUGGAAAAGUCCUGGCAAGUGUGAAAAUUGCAGGUGACAAAACGUAAAGCGUGGACAGAGAGGUAGCACUGUGACUGUCCGGUUAUCACUGACCCCAGACUCGUGAACUUUCUAUAUGUGGCUUGCAAAGGCAUUUAUUACUUUGUGAACAUCUUUUCCUCUUAGAACAACAAACUUCAAUGCCUUGUAUUGAGUUUUUAUGCAACGGUGAAACGGAAAGUAUUGCAUAGUUGUGAGGUAAAAGGAUAAGCAUAUGUUGUUGUAAAUGUUUUGUUACAAAUCACAAAAGUAUAGGAUGCAUUUUCAACAGCAACCCUACAAUUACAGGGUUGCACACACAUUUUUUUUUUUUAAGUUUUCUCAUUUAAAGUCAUACUUCUUCAUUUAAAGCACCCCUUGUAGGCUUGUUGCUCUUUCCAUCUACAAAUGACAAAAACAGUGCUGCAUGUGUCAGAAAACAUCCCCAAAAUAUACCCUGAAGUUUGUGGUUGUCACAUGACAAAAUGUUAAGAUGUUCUAUAUAAAUAUCUUUGCAAGCCUCAGUACAUUCAGAUGUAGAACGUGAAAAAGCACAUAAACAAAAUAAACAUAUGGUUGAAAUGUCAGAAUGUCAGACAGCUUUGCCACAGCAAUAAUACCUAACAAAAAGAAAAGAUGGAUUGAUUGUCCAGCAAUUAUGAUCUGUGGUGUAUUUUUUUUUAUAUUGCUAUUAUCGUUAUUCAUUGUUUAAAGCACUAACGUAGAAAAUCUAAUUUCGCUGAAGUUGUUUUUAAAAAGUUUGAUUGUUGAGAUGGAGUCACCCAAAAUCAGUUUUGCUUUCACUGAGUUAUUAAGGCUAUUAGUGUUUCACACAU